AUGGUCAAGAAGGGCGGUAGCAAAUUGCUCAAUCUCCUCCAGAAGGAGAAGGGCUACGACUACAAGAAGGACAAGCAGAAGAAGCUCCAGAAGCAGGCCGAGAAGCGCAAGCAGGAGAAGAAGCAGGAGGACGACGACAGUGCCGAGGAAGAUGAGGUCGAGGGCGGUGUUUCCGUGAACGCCCAGGCGCAGGAAGACUCUGGCUCCGGUGGAGACGAGGCCGAGAAGCAGAUCCGCUCCGAGGCGCGCAAGGCCGCUGCAAACAAGGACGAGAGCGAGGACGAGGAGGACAGUGACGAGGAGGAGACACCAAAGAUCGAUCUGUCCAGGCUCGAGGACGACGACUCCGAUUCCAGCGGCGAAGAGCUCGAAGAGAACGACGACGAAGAUGAUGAUGACGACGAGGAGGAAGAUAUUGCUUUGUCAGACCUCGAGUCGGUCGCCUCGGACGAGAAGGGCGACAUCAUCCCCCACCAACGCCUCACCAUCAACAACACCUCCGCCCUGCUCGCCGCCGCGCACCGCAUCGAAUGGAAGACGAAGAAGCAGGCAUUUUCCGACCACCAGGCCGUUACCUCGGACGCCGCCAUCGAGAUCCAGGACACCAACGAUGACCUGAACCGCGAGCUGGCUUUCUACCAGCAGGCUCUCGCCGCCGUUAACACCGCCCGUGCUGCGCUGAAGAAGGAGGGCGUGCCAUUCACGCGCCCCAACGACUACUUCGCCGAGAUGGUCAAGAGCGAUGAGCACAUGGGCAAGAUCAAGCAGAAGCUUAUCGACGAGGCUGCCGGCAAGAAGGCUGCCGCCGAGGCUCGCCGCCAGCGCGACCUCAAGAAGUUCGGCAAGGCCGUGCAAAUCGCGAAGGAGCAGGAGAAGGCCAAGGCCAAGAAGGACACCAUGGAGAAGAUCAACCUGCUGAAGAGGAAACGCCAAGGCGCCGAUCUGGAAAACGAAAACGAAGACGAUCUCUUCGACGUCGCCCUCGAAGACGCCGAAGAGACCGCCCGCAAGGACAAGCUCGCCCGCCGCGCCGGUGCCGGCGGUCGCGGCGGCCAUGGCCCCAACCCCAAGCGCGCCAAGAAAGACGCCAAAUACGGCUUCGGCGGUAAGAAGCGCUUCGCCAAGAGCAAUGACGCGCAGAGCAGCGCCGACGGCAGGGGCUUCUCGGCCAAGAAGAUGAAGGCGGGAGCCAAUGGGGCCAAAAAGCGCCCGGGCAAGAGCAGGAGAGCGGCGAGGAAGUAA